AUGAUUUAUUCGGAGAGAGUUCAUGAAAGCAAGGAGAGACAGGGUUCUCCAAGAAGGACACCACGUCGCCUCCCGAGAGAGCCUAGCGCAGCAGCUGAACCCCCCCUUCCUCUGAUCCUGGAGGACGGAGCGGCAUACCAGGUAAACGAGAUCUUGGACUCCCGGCGCCAUGUUGGUCUACUGGAAUACCUGGUGGACUGGGAGAGCUACAGUCCCGAGGAGCGCUCAUGGGUACUUAGGCAUGACAUCCUAGACCCCUCUCUGCUCGACACCUUCCACGCUACCGGAUCGACCUGCUCCCCAUGGAAGAGGACGACCACCACGUCGUCGGGGUCUUUGGCCCUCAGGAGCUGGCCGUGGAAGGGGGGGUUCUGUCACAAGCACGCCAGGCUCCACCGUCAUCCAGUCACAGUGCACUCCCUCACCAGAAUACUAAUCACACACACCUGCUCCCCAUCAGCACCUCAUCACUACUGGGAUAAAAGCACACCACUCACUUCAGUCAGUUGUCCGGUCUCGUUAAUGUCAAAAGGACUCUACAUGGGAAUCUCCACAACUUCUCUGUUCAACUCCAGUGUGCUACUUCUCUACUCUACUCCAGCGUGUUUCUUCUCCAUUCCACUCCAGCGUUUUUUCCCCGUCUCUGUGCAUCAUCGCUUGAAUGCGAGUUACCAGCCUUCCUUGUGUGUUCACUCGGUCACCGAACAUCUACCCAUCCACUAUCAACUAACCAGUAAAACAAAGGACAGUAUCUGUGGACAUUAUUCAUCCUAUUGAGAACCCAUAACCUCACCUCUUACCUGCAUACUGUGUUUGCUGUGCUAUAAUCCAAUAAACCACCAUCUGUUUCCAUAUCGGUGUCUCCUGGCUCUGUCCAAAAGAGUUACUGAAGAUAAUUCAUAGAUUUGUUGUGAGCAGUUUCAUGUAGGAACUAGUUUCUUCCUACUGACCUACA